CUUCUAUUUAUACUUGAUUUUUUUGCCGUUUUGAUUGGCUGUUUUUCAGGCUUAAAUUGGUAGCUGUUUUUGUCAGUUGUUUUCUCCAGAGCUAAAACAUAACUCUUCUAGUGGGGGCUAAUUAUUCCUUAUCGAUUUUAUUUUGUCUUGGGAUACUGAUUUUUAGGGACCCAUUUCUCUUAGUUUGUUAUUUUGGAGCUCCUUGUUAGUGACAUUUGUGUCCGUUCAAAUCCCCCAAUUGCUGUCUAAGUUGGGACCAUAAACAAAAUAAAUUCACCGUUUACUCUUCCCUAAUUGAGCCAAUCUAGUUGGAAGAGGUUAUAAUAACUAGAAAUAACACCACUCUUAUUAUAUAACAAGCGAGCAGUCCAGAACUGUUACUUCUUCGGCUGUGCUCUUAGCUGCCAGAUUAGCUGAUAGCUCUGGAAAAGUGUAAGUUAUAUGCAGGUAAUGCCAAGCAUACCCAGCCUGCACCUCCCACUGGUAUUAGUUGGAUUGGUUAACUUAUAACUUAUAACCGAUUGUAAUUGUAAUUGCUGGUUCCGGUGUUACUGUUGGCGACGGGGGCUAUAUACUUCUUAUAUGCACAUAUAAGAGUGAAAAAGCAAGAGACUCUUUUAGUCUUCCUUCUGUGAUCAGACUGAAUGCCAGAGUUAGAAAUGGGAAAACAAAGUGCCAUGUUGCCAGCUCGCCAUGUCCACCCGAGGCUGGGGUCGUCCGACGGACUAUUUUAGCACGUUCCUUUUACGAUUGAUGGCCUGCAGUGUCUCUGUGAGUAAGUUCAAUUCCCGAAGUGCCUAGCCCGCAUAAUUGAAAUCCAAACCCCCCCCCCCCCCCCCCAACCAAACUGUUGUAGUGCAAGUCCCCCCUUUAGCCCGAUUCAUAGUAAUUGUAAAAUUGGCGUUGGGUGUUUGUUGUAAUAUUUUUACUUGGAUUAAUUCUUCUUUUCCAUUUUUCUACAUUUUCAUUUUAUCCAAUCCAACUUCUUCUAUCGCUUGUCCUGCUCGGCCGUUGAUUCCAGUGGUACAACUAGAAUACAGCAGCUACUAGUUAUUACAGGAGCAACUGGCAUUGGUUUCUCUUCUCCUCUGCUUCUGUUUAAUUCAUUACUUAUUCCUUUGGUCCACGGCCAAGAUUAUUGAGAUUGUACUUGAGUUUUUUAAAGACAUUCAACUGUUUAACAGCCCAAAGAUAUUCUCUUUAUUCGCCGAUUCGUGCUUGUUUCUUUUACUUCUAAGAAAAUUAUUACCACCGGCCUUACUGUUUAGGUUAUUCAUUGCCGCUUUACUCGCAUUGUAAUAACGGUGUACUAACUAGACGCAGCUAACCAGUUCAGUUAAGCAAUCGUUUUGAAAGCAGCAUAUAACUGGAGAACUAGAAAAAACUGGAGAAGCAACUAAUUUCGAUCGACUUUGAGCUGAUUUGAAUUGAGCUGAUAAUUUAAUAGCAUUUGGUCUUUUGUUCCUCGCUUGUCAUCUGGCUAGGCGCUUCUAAUCUCCUCCAAAAUACCAGAGCCAAGACAGCCCAGCCCAUCUACGAACAAAACCUCCAAAAAUUGUAGUCAGCUAUACUUCAGAUAAUACUUUAUCGAAAUCUUCUUAUCCUAUUUAAGAAUAGAACCCCUUCAAAUAGUCCUAAAAGCCUAUUAUGGGCAACAAUGAAAUGACCGCGUUUAAUGUUCGGCUUUAAAAGCAUCUUUCAAGACCUUCACGUUCCCAUUACGAUAAAGGCUUUGAAAACGACCAUUUUUAAUUUAAUUUUCUGUCCUUCUUUAUAAUUGGCUUUGAAUAUAUUCUUGUUUUAUUUAAUCAGCUUUUCCUUUAAAGUGAAGAUUUAAGAUUUAUUUAAAACAAAGUUUUUUUACCUAUGAAAAUUCAGAUUGAAAAAUUUAAAUCCUCCUACUCUUAAUAAAAAAUAAUGACCUUUUUAUUCUGUCAUAAAACAAAAAACAAGAUGCUUCAAUAAAAAUUGGCCGUUCUUCACGGAAAUAAUUGAAUUACCUUAUUUAGGCGCUAAUUGACUCGUGUCAAAGCUAAAUUGACUUCUUUUGACAGAAAAAUCAAUUGAAUUUGCCGGUUGUAGAGGCCAUUUUUUGUUGACGUAAAAAUCCUUCAAAAAUUGACCUCAAAUUUAAUUUCAUUCAUUUAUAUUCAAUCUUUGUCAAAAAUUUUACAUAUUUUUGGCUUCUUGUUAAAGUUAGAAGUUUUGCGGAACUUAAAAUUUUGAAUUGAGUUAAUUUAAAGUUGUUGUUCGACUGAGUCACUGUCGAAAAUCAGGACAAAUUUUUGAGGAAAAUGAGCAGCAUGUUCAAUUUGGGUAGGAGCUGUAACAAUUUCUCCAAAAUGAGCCCCCCUAUUUUCUCUGUUAUUCUGUGGGUGCUUGUGUGUUAUUGCACUUGGGGGGAUAUUGGGGAGUGUUACAUGUGGACCGACCCCGAGUACAACCGACAAGUGAGGCCGAACGAGGGGGGCAUCACUGACGAAGUGGAGAUCGGCGUUUUCACCAACUCCAUCCGAACUGUUUCCGAGAUUGAUAUGACAAUGGUCCUCGAUGUGUUUCUACAGGCGUCUUGGAAGGACACGAGACUGAUUCCGACGUGGCAUAAGAUCUACCGCAACAUCCACGGCUUCAACUUCAGCGAGUGUCGCAACGUGCUCUGCAACGACAGCCGAGUGACGAUGGGGAGGGAGUUCGCGGACGACAUCUGGAAACCCGACUUCUACCUCGCCUCUGCAACUUCUAUCGUUCCGGCCGAUGCUUACAAUGAUAAUGUGUGUGUUAGGUUCGACAUGGACGGCACUCUUUUCUACUCGAGCCGAUUCAUAAUAGCCCACUCGUGUCCAAUGAGCAUGGGCUAUUUCCCCUUCGAUCAGCACAAGUGUCUCAUCCGGAUAGGGACGUACAAGUACCACGACGGACUGGUGAAGAUGAUCUACUCGGUACAGUUGUCUGGCAUGUAUCCGGCCCAGGAGACUGCCAACUUCAUCUUCAGCGACUUCAAACACGAGACGGACUACUACAACAACACCAUGCCAUAUAUGGAGGAUCUGUUCACAGAGCACUGCAUCAAUCUGCACAUGACGAGGAAGUACCAGAUAUUCCUGGUCACUCUCUACCUCCCCUCGGUAUCCCUAGUCGCACUAAGCUGGGUCAAUUUCUGGAUCGACCCGAAAGCAAUUCCAGCCAGAGCCGGUCUCUCCAUCACAGCCAUUCUGGCCCAAAUCACCCUGAUAGUAGGCAUGGCACAGAGGUUCCCCUCAGUGUCCGAUCUGAAGAUGGCCGAUUUGUACCUGACAGUGAACUUCAUGUAUACAUUCGCCACUUUGAUCGAGUUCGCGGUUGUGUCUUACCAGCCGCAUCAGUCAUCUGAAGACAAGAGCAACAAAGAGGCUAAGAAGAAGAAGAAGAAACAGAAGAAAAACUGUCUCAAGUGUAUCUUCGGAAACACUGAACAAGAUGCUCCACUUGGACGUCAAAACAACUUCAAUGCCGACCACUCGCCACUUCUCUCGAACGGAAACGCCGUGGUGCUUUCCGACGGCACUACCCUUCGCGUCCCGAUGCACUCUCGCGGGUCCCAGGGCACCUGUUGCAGUAAAUCGGGGGGACCCAACAACCCCACCAGCAGCCAGCAUAUUGGGGUUCCUAGUUGUUCACAUGGGAUUACAAAGUCCCCCCUCACCGCUUCAACGCGUUCGCUCACCAAGAAAGCCCCUCCCCCAAAACAGAAGUACAAUAUUGACCACUUGAGCAAGUUGUGUUUCCCGUCCACGUUUAUAGUGUGGAACAUUAUUUUCUUCUCACUUAACAUACAACUAUCAGGGCGAUAUGACGUGUUUGCUAAAUUCAAGGCAUUCUUGCCCGGUUAAUGAAUUAAGCCCAGAAUUAAUUGUCUCAAGUUAUUCAUGUACAAAAUCUCAAAUAACUGUCAAAAAUAAUCGGAUCUUUUUAACAAUCCCCCCUACUAUGCUGUGUACUUAUUAAACGAAUAUGCACGCCUAUUAAGAACUGAUUCAAGGGUUGAGAAAUUGGGAUAGGGAAUUAUUUUAGAGAUCCAUUUAUUUCACGAGUGCUUAUUCAGCAAUAUGCAUGAAACCUGUCUUGUCUGUAAACGAAAGUUAAAAAUGGACGAUAGUUCAAUUUUUAACUCAAAACUUCGAACUAUCUUAUGAAUUAUAAAGGUUAUUUUGAUUAAAGAGUCUUUAAGUUAUCAUAGUUUUUUCGUUUAAUUUUUUCUCAUGUAAAGCGCGUAUAAAACUUGCCUCUAAUUAUCGUGUAAAAUGAAUUUGUUGUUAGUUAUUUUAAACUAUAAUGCAGUUGUUAGACUCAAGGAAAUUAUAAAUUUUUAAAGCUA